AGCCAAUGCUUCAUACAUCGACACAAUUGUGCACGUUUGUGUGAUGUGGAAUAACAUCUCGCGGUGAUCACACACUUGCUCAGUUUCGAGUUUCUAUAUUGCUUACAGUAAACAGCAAAUCACAACCGUUCGUGCGCUUAAAGGCGAUGAUCUCCCAAUUGCGACUCAUUCUAUCAGUUAGUCUUUGGCCAAGUAGAUUAUAAUUAUACCCAAGAUUGUGGUCUCGUAGCUCUCUCUCUCGAUUUCGCUAAAGUAAUAACUAGGAAAUAUUGUUAAUUGCAUGGUUUGUAACAUGUGUAAGCAAUCGUGGAAUUUACAGCGGUUCCAUAUAAUCGGUGUGGUGGUUGUGUUGAGUGUUUUUAGUCUUGCCAAUUGUCAACAAACAAAACAAAAAUGUGCCUUAAAUGGAGAAUAUUGCCUUACACAUGUGGAUUGUUGUUCUGGAAGUUGCUUGAGUUUCUCCUACAAGUGUGUGCCAGUACCGCCUAGUGCUUCGGUCGGUUCAACUUUAGUACCGAUACCCUUAACACCUUUCGAUUCUGGAAAUCGGUUUGGUGAAUCCGGGGUCGAUGGAGGUGCUUCUUUAACACAAAAAACGUGUGCUUUGGAUGGAGAAUAUUGCUUAACUCAUGCAGAAUGUUGCUCAUCCAGUUGCCUUACAUUCUCUUAUAAAUGUGUGCCUCUUAAUCCACCAAGAACGUCGACUGCAACAGUUUCAAGUACGACAAUUGAUCUUCAGAAUCGGGUCAAUGUAGAGGAUCAGAGAACUUCUUCCACCACUACGAAUAAAUUGUCGACUCAAAAAAAGUGUUCUGACAUAGGAGAAUACUGCCUAACUCCGAAUGAUUGUUGUUCAGGAAGCUGUUUAAGUUUCUCGUACAAAUGUGUUACAAAUCACAACCUAAAGGGGCCAGUGAAUCAACAACCGACCGAAAACAUUGUAAACCGUUUUGGUGCAUCUGGUAGCACUAGUGCAUCUACUUGCGCUGCAGUUGGAGAAUACUGCUUGACUUCAUCAGAUUGUUGCUCGAAAAGUUGCCUCAGUUUUGCUUAUAAAUGCGUUAAUAGAUAUGACCUUAUGUCUGCAGUGGGUGAGCAAGGCUCGACAAUCUCCACGGCAAAUCGUUUUGGGGGUUCUAAAGAACCUGUUAAUACAAAUAACGCUAGUAAAUGUACUACAAAUGGGCUAUACUGUUUUCACAACCAAGAAUGCUGCUCAGGGGCAUGUUUCAAAUCCAUAUGUUCUACGGAGAUACGCAUUGGUGUACCAGAAUCUGAAUUAACUCGCCCAUCAGCAUCAAAUGGUCCAUAUAUACCAGUGCGGGACUUGGAUGAUCUAAUCACACGAUUCAGUAACUCAUCUAAUACUACAAAACAAACAGCAAAUCGCCAACUUCGACAACAGCAGUGCAAAGUUGUUGGAGAUAGCUGUAACCAACACGGAGAUUGUUGUUCAAACACGUGUCACUCUUAUCGACGAAAGUGUGUUAAUUAAAAAGUGUUUUCUUCCUUUGUAAAUAUCGCUUGAAAUUCCGUGCAAGUGCAAUAAACGAUCGUAACACGAAAGAACUUUAUAAUUUGGAUACAAGUGACAUUAUUAAAUAAUAGAUUUGAUGAUUGGCGAACAAAGAACCAAUCAACGGCUGCUUAGCAUACAUAUUUUACUUUUUCUCUGAUAUAAAAUGACGGGAUUGUAUAUUAUAUUUCUUCCCAUGUUGACAGCAAGCAAUUAAACUUUGAUUUUGAAGUGGCGACAAUUACCGGGGAUAUAAUGAAUUCACUGAAAUACUGAAAUACUAAUAUGAAUUUCUCUAUUGUUGAUUUAUUUACGAAUUCUUUGUAAAAGCAGGCAAUUAAACUAUGUUUUCCUAUAAAAGUGUCGAAAUAUUCGAACUGCUCUUUUAUUCGACAACAUCAUACCAAGGACAGUAUGUAGAGAUCAGGACGAUAGAAAUUUUUAUGCCCAUUACCAUCAGGACAUUUUUAUGCCCAGUUAUCAUGUGCUUCUAAAAUAGGUCGAUUUCUUGCGAUAUGUAUCGACAUUCAUUGGUGAACAAACUAAAAAAGUGUGAUCGUUCUAGACUUUAUUUAUAUGUUGAUGAUGUCUUACGCAUGUGUAUGUUUGUACCGUUUUGCAAAAGAUAGUUAUUUUAUGCUGUUUAACAAUUUCACGGAAUCAGGCAAACUUACAUAAACACAGUACAACGAGGAGCACUGUGAAUUGACAAAAAAACAGAUAUAAGCACAACACUAAAACUUAAAAAGUGCAAACUAUUUCCAUUGACUUUUAUUACCAAUUCAAACAGAUUAUUCUUUUCAAUAAAUUGAACUGAUUAAACUCACUUCAAGCAGUUAU